AGGACGCUCGCUAGCUGGUGGAGCUUGCCGGAAGCGCGCGCGAUGGUCACAAACUCCACCCACAGCACCCAGCUCGCGGACAUCUUCUUCCGCGCCGACAAGGUGCUCAGCGAGGCGGACCUCGCGCGCACAAACGAGCUGCGGCGCACCUACCGGCAGUGGCGCAGCGGCUCGUCGGUCGAGCCGCACGCAGACCCGCUGCAGGCCAAGCUGAGCGCGAGCACGGAGGAGACGCGGUCGCGCGCCAAGAUGCGGCGCGUAAAGACGUACGGCCAGCUCGGCUCAGCCUCGGGCUCGGAUACCUCCUCCACAUCGCCUCCGCCGUCAGAGGCGCUCGCGUCACUGGCGGCGCCUGGCAGCAGCAGCGGCGGCGGCGGCGCGCCGGCGGCGGCGCCCAGCGCGGCGGGCAGCGGCGGCGGCGGCGGUGGCCCGGCGCCCUCCCCAAAGAGGCCAAUCCUGGCCGCCGGGGGCUGCCCGUUCCCGCAGGGCGCGCUGCCGCCGCCCGUCGCGCUGCCCACCGCGAGCGUCGCCGCGCCCGCCUCAUCCCUGCUCCCCGGCGGCUGCCCCUUUCGCCAGCCGAGCGGGUCCACGCCACCUCCCACCGAGCUGCCGCCGGCGAGGGCGCAGGGCGGCACGAGCAGCCUGCUCGGCCCGACGCCGCUCCCUCCGGCGCCUGCUGCUGGCCACGCCGGCGCGGCGCCCGCGGCGGGGGUGCCACCCCUGUCGGCGGAGCAGCUCGCCGCCUUCCAGGCCGCCUACAUGAAGGCGCUGCAGGAGCAGUCGGUGCUGCUAGCGCGGGCGAUGGCCGGCGUGGCGCAGCCCGGCGCGGCGGGCCUCCCGCCCGCGCUGCUGCAGGGCGCGCUCUCGCCGCUCGGCACGCUGCAGGGCGUGACGGUCGAGGGGUCCGUCAACGGCACCGUGGCGAACGGCGCGAUGGCGACCGUUGGACAGCAGCUGCAGUUGCAGCCGCCGCCGCCGCAGCAGCAGCAGCGCGCGCCUCUGCAGGCGGUGCUGAGGGGGGGCGCGGCGGCGCUCGCGGCGGGCGUGGCGCCCGACGGCGAGGAGGCGGACGAGGCGACCGACGGGACCGUCCUCGCAACCUCGUGCGCGCACGGGCCGCUCGUGACGCAUCCGCACAUGUCGACCGCGAGCGGGAUGCUCGUCUCCGUCUUUCCGUCCUCGAACGAGUCGUGGCUCUACGUGCUCAUGAACGGCGAGUUUGGAGUGCCGUUUGAGAUUGGGGUGAGCGACAAGGGGGUCAUCUACGGCAAGCUGCAGUUCCGGCAAAAGAUGCAGCAGUGGGUCCUGCUGCGGGUUGAGCCGCGCGAGUGGCAGUCGCUGCAGCUCGAGACGCUUCUCCCCGCGAUGGUGCAUGCGUGGGGGCAGCCGCUGCCGCCAAAGGGCGACGCGCGCUGGAUCUGCUUCCCGUACCUGACCAAGGAGCCCGCCAGCACGCUCAAUUUGCCCGAGCUCGCCGCGACGGGCAAGUACGACCUCGAGGUCAAGCCGGACGUCUCGCCGGUGAUGCUCGACGCGCAGCUGCCCAUCCCAGAGGCGGCGGUGCAGCGCGACGUCAAGGCGAUCGGCGCGCGGCCGUCGCGCAAAGAGGCGGCGCCCAAGGCGGCGCGCAAGAGGCCUCAAAAGGGCGCGGCCGCCGCCCCGGCCGCCGCCCCCGCCGCCGCCCCCGCCGCCGAGGCGGGCGGCGGCGGCGGCGGCGGCGGGCGCAGCAGCUCGAAAAAGCCAAAGAUCGAUCCGGGGACGGCGCAGUGGGCGAGCCAGCGCCCCCCCGCGGGCGCAGCGACGGUCGCCGCCGGGCAGGGGGUGCUUCCCACGGGGCCGUCGAGCUCGGCCGACGGCGCAGGGGGCGCCGCCACGCUGGGCGCGGGCGACGCGGCGAUGCGGCAGCUGCUGCAGUCGGUGCUGCGGCCGCAGGCUAACGGGAUGCCCCCGUCUCGCUCGACGAUUGAGCUGCUGCAGUACCUCGAGGGCGCGGCCCAGAGGACGAUGCAGGGGCAGGGGCAGGGGGAGGGUGGCGAGGGCGGGCCGGUGAUGCCCGCCGUCCCCUCCUCCAACUCGUUCGCCUCGCUGAUGAGCUUGCUCAAGAGCUCAAACUCGCUGCAGCACCUCGCCGAGCAAGCAGAGGCGGGCGGCGCGCCGGCGCCGGGCACGUCCGAGCUCAACCUUGCGGCGCUCGUGCGCGCGGCAUCGAGCAGCGACAUGGGAGCGUCGGGGAGCAUGCCGCCGCCGUCGGUGCUUCCGUGGUCGGGGGGACGGCGGAACUCGUGGGGCAGCCUCACCGGCGCGCCGUCGACGGACGAUUUGGCAGAGCUGACGGCGCUGGCAAACGGGCUCAAGGAGUCGCCGUCGGUGACGUCGCUGAUGGAACUGGUGCGGUCGAGCUCGGCGGCGUCGCUGCUCGACCUCGUCGGCCAGCCCAACGGCAGCGCGACCAACAUCGCCGGCCUCGAGUGAGCCGCCGCCCGCCGCCCGCGGCCGGCCCUCUGUGACUCUACUGCCGACUCCCAUGCCGCGAUCCCAUGCCGCGUCGUGCCCAUGCCCACGUCCAAGUCCUCGCCCGCGCCGUCCGCGUCCGCUCCCGCGCCACUCCCCUGAGGAGUCGCCAGCACAGCCGCCGCCGGCGCACCGCCGCCGGCUGGCUGUGGACACCGAGCCCCCGCCCAUGUCGUGAGAGAAGCUCUGAGGCGGGGGCGAGUGCGCUAUUGUGUGUGCGCCCGAGCCCGGCAACAGCGAGCGCCGCGCCCAGCGCGGCGCUGCGGCCUGGCUGCCGGGCGUGGGCGGGUGUGUCUACUGCUGGGGGGCGGGCGGGUCUCGGAGCCCCAUCGCGGCGCCCGUCUGCGCGGCCGCGGUUCGGCUCUGAGUGACGCGGCGCCGCCCGUCCCCACUGUGACAGCUUUCUUCUCGUCUUGGGUCCGUACCUUCGUUGUUGAGUUAUGUGUUUGCGCCG